AUGUUGAAACUUUUAAUUCCAUGUUUAGCGCUGCUGGUUUUGCUUCGGAAUAAGGUUGAGGCACACUCGACUACUACGUCUAGUGCAGUGCCGACGCAUAUAGUUUCGGUAGGAAUAGAAGGAUUGCAGUUUACGCCGACGGAAUUGGCUGCGAAUGUUAGUGAUGUAAUAGAAUUCCGAUUCUAUCCUCAGAAUCAUUCGGUCGCAAGGGCAGAAUAUGGAAGCAAUAGAGCAUGCAUUCCAUAUGAAGUUACGGGUAUCAACAAGAAAGGCUUUUGGAGUGGUUUUCAUCCAAUCAAUGUCGUGUUAAAUGAUCCUCCGAAAUUCCAAGUCGUGGUUAAUGAUACGAAUCCGAUCUUCUUCUACUGUUCGUCUCCAGGUGCUUGUCAUGAGGAGGGAAUGAUUGGUGUGAUUAAUGCUAACUCAACUCAAACACUCGCAAAUCAAUUGGCAUAUGCGAAGAAAUCCUCCUUACAAUUUAGUCCCGGUGAAAAUUUCCCCGUCGAAGCGGAAGCUUCCUUAACCUCGACUACACAUCCGACCUCCACCUCAUCCCCAAACCAACCUCCCAGCACAAGCAGCUCUCCUGCCGCAAUCGUUGUCACAGAUCCCUCACCCUCCUCUUCACCCUCAAAACUAUCUCCAGGCGCCAUAGCAGGAAUAGUCAUCGGCGCAUCCGCACUCGUCGUCCUAGCCAGUGCACUGCUCUAUCUAUGCGGCCGCCAACACACAAUCAAAGAAAUAUUGCACCACAACUCCCGCCCACCAAACAUGAGCUCUCAUCCGCAUAUCCAUCAUCCAGGUGGUCCAAAUACCCCAUCUUACAUGCCCCCCUCAGCAUCGCUUUCCGAAACAACAUAUUACAGUAAACCCCGCCAUCUCAUGACCGAAAAUGAAAUUCGAGGCCUAGGACAAUUUUCUGGCGCGGGAAGUGAGAAUCAUUCUCAUCUCUCUGAUUCCCACGUGGGAAGUGAAGGUUAUGUGCGAAGUCGCAGUCGGAGUCCUGGGGCUGAUGAAUAUGGAAUGGUGAUUCCGACGUUGAAUUUGGAGGGUACUGGGAGUGGGACGGGGGUUGGCGCUGCAAAUGGUAGGGGAGGAAGUAGGAGCCCGAGUUAUCAACAGGGGAAUACGGGUGGGAAUGGAGGUGGGAGUUUAACGAAUAGUCCUGGGAUUCCUGGGACUUUGGGUGUUCAGGUGGGGGUGGGGGAAAGUGAGAAGUUGAGGGGAUUAAGACCAUCUCCCUCCCCUGGACCCCCGAAUCAUUUCCAUUCUAACACUUCAUCGUCGGGACCUCACGAAUUAGCAACGCAUCAAGAUCAAAAUGGUACGCGCGGCUAUGAACGUACUCAUACUCAUACUCAUGAACGUUACGAUGAUCCGGAAAUAAGGAUAACUGAUCAAGAUCACCAGGGUGGAAAUACAUUCUUUUGGGAUGAAGGAGAAUCAAGAUGA